AGGGCUUUCUUCCUCCAUGGAUGGAUUUGUUAUGAGGAGGACGUGUGGCUAAUAUCUAUACAAAUGCAGUGGAGCUCUGCAGAUCCAGAUGAGAUCCAUGCCGGGUUUCCCCCCCCUCUCUCAUGCAUGUGCAGCCUGUUUCCCUGAUGCCUCUGCAGCCACAGACACAGCGAAACAGGAGGACUCUACAGUGAAUGGGACCCUACUAUCCAAGUAUUGUCCUGUACGAUAAAAAAAAAAAAAAAAAACCUGACUUGUGACAUUAUCGAGGCACAAAAGCAGUGGCAUUGACAUUCAGAGGAUUAUCCUGCAGGAGAUUCUGGACGGCCUGUGUUGACAAAGACACUGUGCGGUGCUCAUGCUCCUGUUGUCUGUCGGAGCGUGAGGGACUGCAUUGGUUGCAUGCAUUUCCACAACUUUCUUAUUAACCUGGACACUGAGAGAAAUUAGGUGCAGAGAUGUGCAUGCACGGAGGACGAGGAGUUGGGAAUUAAGCAUGGGAGAGAAAACAUGCCGAAGAUGAAACGAUAAAGAAGAUCUAGAUUCGGGGCCCGUGCAGACUUCCCGUUGCACGUCGUUCGGUCACCAUGACGAUGAAAGGCCUGUCCAACAGUCGCAGCCUCCACCACACGGUGACCUGCGACCCCUCCUACGACUCCAUGACGCUCGGACGCUCCGACCGCCGCUCCUACUUCCUCAAUAACCCCGGGGAGUCUCACCCUGCAGACCACCACCACCACCACCACAACAACAACAACAACCCUGGAUUCCCCCAACGAAACUCUUUCCACUCCGAAUGCGGCGCCUACCCGGAUAUUUCCAGCUGCACAUUCCCCCGCAGACACUACAGCUCCAACCACGAGCUGAAGGAGGAGUGUAGUGGAGCUCUGGUGCCUUACACUGGGCAAACUGGGAGCAUUAAAGGAAGUGGAGGAGGAGGAAACAACAACAACCGGACCCCCGCCAAUAUCCUGGAGCAGUUUGAUCGCCAGGCUCCGAUGCAGCGUGAAGGAUAUCACACUUUACAGUAUAAACGAACUGCGGUGGAGCAUCAGCGCAGCGAUAGCCCCGGGCGAAUUCGACAUCUCGUCCAUUCUGUGCAGAAGCUUUUCACCAAGUCUCACUCCUUAGAGGGGCCUUCAGGAGGAGGAGGAAUAGGAGGAGGAGGAGGAGGAGGAAGUGGAAAGAUGAACGGCAGCAAAUCCAGCCCCGAUGACCCGCCUUCCUCCUCUUCUGGCACUCUGAAACACAGCAAGCGAAGUAAAAGCAAAGAUCGAUCCAAGUCUGAGCCCAAAAUGCGCGGCGCCAUCUCCGGAUACUGGAGUUCAGACGACACUCUGGACCGCGAGAUGUGUCUCUACCAUCAUCAUCAUCACGGGGGAGCAAAUGGAGGAGGACGUCCAUCGGGGGUCAUGACUAUGGGGCGCCACCCGGAGAAAUCGCAGUCCCAAUACUUCAUGGAGUCCUACAACACCAUCAGCGCUCACUCUCUGAAGACGUCGCGUAGCAACAACGAUGUGAAGUGCUCCACGUGUGCAGGAGGAGCAGGAGGAGGAGGUUUGCAACUUGUCGGCCCGUUGGAGGGUCAAGUGCAGCUGAAGAAGAGCUCGUGGUCGUCCACUCUGACGGUGAGCAGAGCGAGGGAGGUCUACCAAAAGGCCUCGGUCAACCUAGAUAAAGCUCUAGUGAAAGCUGAGCAGGGGCGUACCUGCCACUUCCUACAGGUGCCUCAGGAUGACUGGAGCGGCUUCUCUCCGCUGGGGAAGGACGAUGAGAUCCCGUGCCGGCGGAUGCGCAGCGGCAGCUACAUUAGAGCCAUGGCAGAAGAAGACAGCGGAGACUCGGACUGCAGCCCGAAACCGUCCCCAAAGGUUCAGGCACGACGGGCGAGUUACCUGAAGGCAACACAGCCCUCCCUCACCGAGAUGACCACGCUCAAGAUUUCCACGGAGCAUUCGCCAAAGCUUCAGAUCCGGAGUCACAGCUACCUGCGGGCGGUGAGUGAGGUUUCCAUCAAUAGGAGUCUGGACAGCUUGGACCCGGCAGGGCUGCUGGCCUCGCCUAAAUUUCGCUCGAGAAACGAAAGCUACAUGAGAGCCAUGAGCACCAUAAGCCAGGUGAGCGAGGUGGAGGUGAACGGGCAGAUCGAGGCGGUGUGUGAGGCGGUGUUCAGUGAGAUGGAGUCGCAGGCGGUGGACGCUCUGGACCUGCCGAUGUCCGGCUGCUUUCGCAUGAGGAGCCACAGCUACGUCCGUGCCAUAGAGAAAGGCUGCUCGCAGGAGGAAGAGGAGGCAGGAGGAAGAAAAGAGGCGUCGCCAACUCCCCCCCCGCGUACCACCACCACCGUCAGGACCAUCCAGAGCAGCACAGUGUCAUCAUGCAUCACCACCUACAAGAAGACGCCCCCCCCGGUUGCCCCCCGCACCACCCCGUCCAAACCCUUCAUCUCCAUCACGGCUCAGAGCAGCACCGAGUCGGCCCAGGACGCCUACAUGGACUCGGGCCCUCGCUCGGGCAUCAGCUCCCAGCCGGGCCUCUCCAACUCCACGGAGAGCAUCGACUCCAUGAAGGCGCUGACGGCGGCCAUCGAGGCGGCCAACGCUCAGGUGCACGGCCCCGCCAGCCAGCACGUCUCCAACAGCACCAUCACCAUCACAUCAACAUCAACAUCAACAUCCACCGGAGACAGCAAGGCGCAGAGGGAGGCGCUCCGCAAGUGCCUCUCCAUCGGGAUCCAGGUGGACCCGGAGGAAGAAGAAGAGCCGACGGAGGAACCGUCGAAGUUCCAGUCGAUAGGAAUCCAGGUGGAGGAUGAGCGAUGUUACCGCAGGAUGACCCGCUCUAACAGCGUCACCACGGCGGUUCAGGCGGACCUCGACGCCCCCUCGGACCCCCCGGAGCUCCCAUCCCCCCGACACUGUGCCACCAUGCCUCGAGAACACUCCCGAGACACCAACUCCUCUUCCUCCACCGUCAGCAUCCAGGGCUCGGGGAACCACUACCACGCCUGUGCCGCCGACGACUACGGAGAGGUGGGCUUCGACCCGUCCAUCCUGCCGCCGCCGGACCCCUGGAUGGACAGCGUGGAGCCGGGGGACGGGGGGGAAACUUCGGCGGGAACUACUUGCGAGAACGUGGGGAGGUCCGUGGGGAGGUCCGUGUGUCCUCGUGACGGACGGUGGUUCCUGAAGCUGCUGCAGGCCGAGGUGGAGCGGAUGGAGGGGUGGUGUCGACAGAUGGAGCUGGACGAGAGGGAGAACGAGCUGCCGGACGACAUCAUGGGGAAGAUCCGCAGUGCAGUGGGGAGUGCCCAGCUGCUGAUGGCCCAGAAGUUCCAGCAGUUCCGGGAGCUGUGUGAAGAGAAUCUGAACCCAGACGCACACCCCCGCCCCGGCUCUCAGGACCUGGCAGGGUUCUGGGACAUGCUGCAGCUCUCCAUCGAGAACAUCAGCCUGAAGUUUGACGAGCUGCACCAACUCAGAGCCAACAGCUGGAGACCUCUGAGCCCUCCAGACAUUCAGGAGAGAAGGAUCCCCCCUCCCGUGCCAAAGAAGCCCCAGAAGGGCCACCCCCCCCUGGCUAGAGACCGCUCUCUGGAGAGCUCUGAGCGCCAGCGUGUGGAGGCCAGAAAGCGCCUGCUAGCUGCCAAACGAGCGGCGUCCGUGCGGCAGAGCUCGGCCACGGAGAGCGCCGACAGCAUCGAGAUCUAUAUCCCAGAGGCUCAGACCAGACUAUGAGACUCUCAGAUGCAUGUCCUCACACACAUGCCCUACACACUGUCCCUAUAGCACCCAACGGUAACGCUAACAUAACCACGUUUUGUGCGGACUUCCCAAAAUCACUGUGGGCUCAGUCUGGAUGAAGAAAUGUAUAUUUACAGUAUUUAAUUUAUUUAUUUAUCUAUCUCCCCUCCCCUCCCCUCAUUUCCUCCUCCCAGCUUUGAUGUAGCAGUCCCUCCUCUUCCUCUCCCUCCUCCUCUUUCCCUCGCUGUCAAAAUCUUAUAAAUCCCUUUUUUGAAGUGGCCUAACACGACAGAGAAAGCCAGGUGUAGCACAGCUUCAUGUUGUUAUGUUUCAGGUGGGCAGCGUGCAAGUGGAGUGUGUGUGUGUGUGUGUAUGUAAACAUGCCAUCACACACACAAACACAACGAGUGAUCAAAUCAAACAAAAAAACACCUAUUGACUUAUUUAUUGUUUAUAUCUGUUUAAAAUUCCUUAAGGUAAUUCUGAAUAAAUACGAUUACAUUACAAAAUCAGCGUGUAAAACAGACUUCAGCCAAUCGGGACGAGUUAUGAACUACGGAAGAGAAUUAGGGCAACAAAAAAAAGUCAGAAUUCUGAAAACUAAUUUGAACAUCUUUCUGUUUUUGGAAAAUCUCAGUAUUCAGACUUUUUCCCCAGAAUUCAGACUUUUUUCUCAAAAUUCUGACUUUUUUCUCAAAAUUCCAAUUAUUUUUCGCAUAAUUCCAACUUUUUUUCUCAGAAUUCCAACUUUUUUCGGUACUAGGUAAAAUUUUCCAUAUUUAUAGGUAAAAAAACUCAAUUUACCUCCUAACCCACUGCUCUGGCUUCGUAGCACCCCCCUCAGUAAAGGUACCUUCAGUGUUAGUGAGCGAAACAAUCGGCCCUCUGUCUUGAAACAGGUUUUUCCAGCAGCCAGAGUCAUAAGGUCAUAAGGUCAACAGGUCAUCCUGCGCUCCUCAAGGUGAGGCGGAGCUGUUUUUGAGUCAGGAGCUGAUUUUAAGCCGAGUGCCACGAACAUAAUCUGUGUGUGUGUGUGAGUGAUAACAAGAGAGUGUGUGUGUGUGAUUCAUUUGGAAAGGGCUUCCUCUUCUCUAGGUCAGAAGAUUAAGGUAGCAGAAUCAACUAACUGGAAACACCGCCCAUCAUUCACACUGAGCAACAACAUACGAAUAUAACACACGCAUGAUGACACUUAUAUUAUUUUAUAGACAGGUUUAAUCCUUCUCUCAUAUUGCAUUUAAAUUAUUCUGACUACUGCUUCAAUACUGGUAGGUUUGCUCUGUUUUAUUAGAGGUUUUUGGACAGUUUUGAGACUAAAGGACAGUUUCCUCCUCACUGUGUUCACCUCCAAACCAAGCAAUUAUCAGACAAAAGAUAUCCGAUUUGUAAUAUUUUGUAUUUGUGUUUUAAUUUAUUAUUUCGGGAAAACAAUGACUGUUUAAAGACAUUGUGGUUAUUAUGAUAAUGCACUGACGACAAGGCCCUCAUACUGUGUUUUUAUUUAUUCUGCAGCAUGUCUUUUCUGUUCCAGUGAUCAGCCUUAAUUUCUAAUAUGAUAGUCGAGCACAACAGCAGUCUCAGGGGAAGAUGUGUGUGUGAGUGUGUGUGUGUGUGUGAGUGUGUGACCCAUGGCUUACUGUAUAUAACCCCUGUCACCAGAAUAGGCCAUGAUCUUUUAAAGAAAAGCACCCAUGCCAUCUUUUUAAUGAACAUCUCAGCCCUUAUCGAGCGGUGCAGUGAUGACGGAUUCCUGAAGCUAGCAUCACAACGGGAUCUUACCAUUGGAUUUCAGUAUAUCGCAGGAAUUAGCCACACGUUUACGAUACUUUCACGUUUUGUUCAGCAGGAUAAUCUCCACAUAUUAACACGUUGUGAUAUUUAAAGUGUUAAUUGCUAUCGCCAGAAGUAUAAAAGCUAACGCUAGGCUAUAAACAAACUACAUCACGGUCGCACGGCUGCACACCGCUAAGCUAAAAGCGGCUAAUGUUUGUUAGCAACCGCCAUUCUUACAUUUUGAGUAUUUACUGACGUAGGAGAACAAAACGUGAAAGUGUCUAAAACUUGUGGUCUGAAACUGCAGUUUGGAUGUUUUUGGCACCUAUGGGCCACCGUACAAAAACCACUGACUUCAAAAGAAGCAAAGUGGUAAAAUGCUAAGUAAUUCCUGGGUUUUCGGACUCAUUCCUGCACCACUCAAUCACUACUCAUGUAUGUAACAAGGUAUUUCUGUCAGCUGCUUGAAUGUGGAGACAAUCCUGAGCCAGUUUACCCCCACAUUAUUGUUUUUAAAAACAGAAAUGCAGGACGUUGGUGUGAAGUCCAAUCCUCUGUUUUGAUCUGGGAAGAGUUUUGUGCCAUUUGGAUAAUUCUAGGUACGGAUAUAUAUUCCUGUCCUUAUUUAACGGCUUCCUGAUUGAGCGGCGUUUGUGAAGGAACUCAAGUGAUGAAGUGUGGUAUAAUUUGUAUUUCCUUUAGUUAAGUAUAGAGAGGAUGCAUAAUUAAUAGAUCAAACCUAAUGCCAUUUUAUGUAGACGAAGCUCAUUUGAGUAUUUUUUUACUUGUAUUUGAAUAUGUCUGUCAAAAGGGUUGACUUCUUAUUUAUGUUUAUUAUAUUAACAUAUCAAUAUAACACUCCUGGUAUAGCAGGGAGGUAGAAUGUUGGACACGCCAGCACCCCUGAAGCUUGUGAUGUAGUUAAAGAUUAAACAUUUGUACAUAAAUGAAUGUUUCCCUAUGUAAACUAAAAAAAAAAUAUAUGAAUAUUAAGCAGAUAUACAUUUUGUAUUUACACUGUUGAUGUUAUGGCACGUGUAUGAGCUCUUAUCAGCAUUAAAACAAAUAUAUCAUUG